AUGGCAACCCGUCCCCAGAGCUCCGCUCGUCCCCAAUCCCCUCUUGAUCAAGGAGAGCUGGGACCCACUCUUCCGGCAGCCGCCACUGAGCCAACAGACCUUGAACCAGAGGUCUAUGGGGAAAUCUCCCUCAGCCGAGCAAUCUCCCUUAUCCUGGGAUUGCAAAACCAAGUCCUCCGGCUCGAGCAGGAACUCGAGGAAACCAAGGAAGCAGCAAAAGAAGCCCGAGACUGGAUGGGAGCAGUUGACCAAGCCCUCACUCGCAUCAAGGCUAGGGGUGGAGCCCCCCACACACCAGAAGACUGGAAACCUCCGGCAGUCGAGGCCACGCCCAGGCCCCUACCCAAAACCAACACUUUUCCAGCGCCUAGUGCGCCCCUCGUCGCCUGGGCCGUCCCCUCCAAAGCUCCCCCCGCCUUUGCACAACCAACUCCCGUCCGGGCCCCCCCGCGAGUCCAUACUCCCCCUCCGCCUUCGCCUAUCUGCCUCCGAUCCCCUCAAGUCCCACAACCAGCGGCCCCUGUAGCCGCUUAUCAAACCCCUGUUAAGGUAGACCACCCUGACGCCUAUACAGGGAAAAUAGGGAACAAAGCCCGCCAAUGGCUCACACGGAUGUUGGCAUGGGUACGUCUGAACCAAAGGAUGUUCCCAACCGACCAGGAGGUCCUGUCAUUCCUCCUGAUGAAUAUGAAGGACGUGGCAGGGGCAUGGGCCCAUCCCCAUCUUGACCAACUAGGGUCCCACAGGGCCCUAAUCCGAUUGGUCGACGACUUCAGGACGGAGUUCUUGGCUGCAUUCGGCAACCCGGAUGCCACGCAAGCCGCUGAGCGGCAAAUCACCCACCUCACUCAGACAGGCACCUGUGCUGAGUAUAUCACAAAGUUCAGAACCAUUGCUAUGGACCUGGACUGGAAUGACGCCGCCCUUUGUGGGCAAUUCGCACGUGGCCUCCACUGGGAGGUCAGCCGCCUCAUCGCCACCCAAGAACGGCGCCCAACCACCCUCCUGGAGCUGCAGAACGCGGCCCUGGUCAUUGAUAACGCCCUCCGUGAGGAGCGCGCCAGCCACCCGCCUAAGGGUAAUAAGUCUGGUACCUCCACUACUACCCCCAAUAGGGGGGCAAGUACCGGCCAACAGGCCACAAGACCAGGGCGCCUCUCCAGCGACCCCAACUUUGUCUCCAAGGAGGAGCGCAACCGCUGCAGGGCUGAAGGCCUCUGCAUCAAAUGCGGUAAGGCAGGCCAUAAAUUUGCGGAAUGCCGCACUGGCUGGAAAGCCACACCCAAGGAGGAAGGUGUCAAGAAGGAAGCCGCCAAGAUUGGCAAAGAAAUCUCCCCACUCUUCACAAUUUCAAUUAAGCCAGAGAAACAAGCGGACCCACUAGAAGUCCUGAUAGAUUCAGGCGCUACAUCAUUGUUCCUUCACCCUCACACUGCAGAACUACUCCGCCUACCCCUAAUAGACCUCCCUCAACCCCGUACCGUAACUAUGCUCGAUGGGUCAAGCCCCCAGGCUGGGAAGAUUUGGAAGAAGGCCCACCUAACUUUCCUAUUUGAUGGUAAACGAAUGACAGAAACCUUCCUGAUUUGCAACACCGGAUCACACGCCGCCAUCCUAGGAAUCAAAUGGUUAGAGGCACACAACCCUGAAAUUGAUUGGAACUCCCGUACCCUCUCCUUCCCCCACACUCCACCAGAUCACGCUGCUAUUGCCGAGGAGGAGGAAGCUGAUAAAAAUCCCCUUGAAGGAGUACCCCCUGAAUACCAUCAAUACGCAAAGGUAUUUGGGGAAGAAGAAUUCAACAAGCUUCCCCCGCACAGGCAUUACAACAUUGCCAUCGAACUCACGGAGGAAGGCCCACUUAAUUCCCCGUUGUACAGCAUGACUGAUGCCGAGUCUGCCACGCUCAAGGACUGGCUCAGGGACAAACUCAAGGCUGGAAAAAUCCGCCCCAGUAAAUUGUCAAUUAGCUCCCCAGUCAUGUUUGUUCCCAAAAAGGAUGGCUCCCGUCGCCUUGUAGUUGACUACCGUUGCCUCAAUAACCGGACUAAGAAAAAUGUGUACCCAUUACCCCGUCCUGAUGACCUCAUGGCCCAGCUCCGCGGCGCCAAGGUAUUUACCAAACUAGACUUACGAUGGGGUUAUAACAAUGUCCGGGUCAAGGAAGGUGACGAGUGGAAAACGGCUUUCUGCACCAAGUACGGCCUAUACGAAUCCCUGGUAAUGACUUUUGGUUUAACAAACGCCCCCGCUGCCUUUCAACACUUCAUGAACGAAUUGUUCAAGGACCUACUGGAUGUAUGCGUCAUCAUAUACCUAGAUGACAUCCUGAUUUAUUCCAAGGAUGACGCAUCCCACACUCAACACGUCCAUGAAGUUUUACGGCGCUUAUUAGAAAACCAACUGUUCUGUAAAGCCUCGAAAUGCACAUUCCACGUCACUUCCGUGGAAUACUUGGGAAUCAUUGUGUCGGAUAAGGGUUUCAGUCUGGAUAAGCUUAAAAUCCAGGCAGUACAGGAAUGGCCUAUUCCUACCAAGGUUAAGGAGGUCCAAUCCUUCCUUGGGUUUGCCAAUUUCCUCCGCCGAUUUGUCGCAAACUUUAGCCACGUAGCACGACCUUUGCAUAACCUGGUAAAGAAGGACACACCAUGGAAAUGGGAGGAAAAGGAACAAGCCGCCUUCCAAGGAUUGAAAGACGCCAUUACCAACGCCCCGGUCCUCUGUCAUGCCAACCCGGCCAAGCCCUACUUUUUGGAAACGGACGCCUCCGGCGCAGCCUUAGGUGCUAUACUCAGCCAACGGCAGGAAGACGGCCGCCUACAUCCUCUUGGCUUCCUAUCCGAGUCGUUCAAGGGGGCUGAGCAAAACUACAAUACACACAAUAAGGAGCUCCUAGCAAUCAUUUGCUCCUUUGAGUACUGGCGCAUAUUUCUGGAAGGCACCUCUCACCCUAUCACUGUCUUUACAGACCACCGUAACCUGGAAUAUUGGAAAGAAUGGCACCUGCUACUAGCUGGGUAUAAUUUCCAGAUAGUCUAUCGACCCGGGAAGCAAUUGGGAAAGCCGGAUGCCCUCUCACGUCGCUCGGACCACGCCAAUAUUCCACCUGCGGAUCAAACCAUGCUUCCGGACCCCGUAUUUGCCAACGUCGCCCUUGUAACUCCAGAGAAAGAACUACAACGUCAAAUCAAAGCAUCCUUGGAUCAGGACGAAUCCCUGGAGGAAAUACUCCAAUUCCUACAGAACGAGUCAAAGGCCCCGCCUUCCAUCAAACAAGCCUUCAAAGAUUACCAAAUGGAGGCGGGCCUACUCUUCUAUCAGGGAAGGAUUGUGGUACCAGAUACUGGGACUCUACGGACAGAUCUACUCCACAUAUUUCACGACAGCCCUCUGGCCAGACACCCGGGUAGACAACGAACAUUGGAACUAGUCUCUAGGAACUACUAUUGGCCCGGAAUCCGCGCAGACACUUACUGGCACGUAGAUUCCUGUGAAACUUGCCAACGAAUCCGCAAACCAAAGUACGCCUCCAUUCCUCUGCAACCAUUAGAACUACCGUCCCGUCCCUGGCAACACAUAUCCUACGACAUGAUUGUUGAUCUACCCAAGGACGGAGCUUACGACUCUAUACUGGUCAUUGUGGACAGUUUCACCAAAUACGUAAUACUGGUGGAAUGUUCCAAGAAGUUAAAGGCCCCCAAAUUGGCAGAUCUCUUUCUACAACAUGUCUGGAAGAAAUAUGGAAUGCCUGAAAAGACAAUAUCCGAUCAAGGAAGGGUCUUCAAUAACAAAUUCCUCAAAGCGUUGUACAAACGAUUAGGAAUAGACCCCCACUUCUCCUCAGCCUACCACCUGCAGAGCAAUGGUCAAACGGAACGGGUAAACCCCACGGUCGAGCACUUCCUAAGGGCUUUUUCAGGGAUUAACCAGAAGGACUGGGUCAGAUGGUUACCUAUGGCGGAAUUUGCGUACAAUAACGCAGUACACAGUAGUACCGGCAAAUCUCCGUUCAAAGCGCUACAUGGAUGGGAACCCUCACUCACUCCAAGCAAUAUCCCUACCGACGUCCCUGAGGCGGAUGACAUAGCCUCCCAGAUGGAAUCUCAAUGGCGGGAAAUAGAGGCAGCACUCUGGCAAUCAAAGACGCGCAUGACAGCCGGAGAAACAGGAGAACCAAUCAGUUUUGAAGAAGGGGAAGAAGUCUGGCUGGACGCCAGGAACGUGAAGCUGAAAACCCUGAGUGCCAAGUUAACGGAACAACGGCUAGGCCCUUUCAAAAUAACUGAAAAAAUCUCCGACCGUGCAUACCGCCUAGAACUCCCACCAUCCAUGAGAAUCCACAACGUCUUCUACGUGGGACUGCUGUCAAAGGUAAAAAGGGACAAUAAACGCGCAUUUGAAAACCGGCCGCCCCCGGUCACCGUGGACGGGGAGGAGGAAUACAAAGUAGAAGGGAUCACGGACAUGGAAAAUAGGGACGGAAAAUGGUUUUUUAGGGUUAAAUGGAAAGGCUAUGGAUCAGAGGAAAAUACCUGGGAACCAAGGGAAAACCUCAAAAACGCCAAGAAAAUCCUGAAAAAAUUCGAAAAGGAAAUGAAGGAAAAGGCCCUCGGCGCCGCCAAGGCCCUUAGAGGGGGGGCAGUGUUGUAG